AUGCCCCAAGUGCUAAGCGCCCAGGACUGGUUCCUGGCCGUGGACUCUAAAAAUCACGCGGGAAUUCGCGAGGGGCUUCGUAGAUUUGCAGGAAUUAGGGACGAGUUGGGAGAUACAGCGCUCAUGCACGCCGCACGUUCAGGGGACUUAGCUGCCGUUAAAAUUCUAGUGGACUAUGAGAAUUCUCUACUAAAUUCAGUACAGCAAACUGCUCUCAUCCAAGCCAUCCUACAAGAACAGGUCAAUGUAGUACGGUUCCUGCGGCCAUAUGAGAGUCACAUUAACACUUCUGAUAAUCGCACGCCAUUCAUGGUUGCUGCCAGUGCUGGAUGCAGUCAAUCGUUGGCCAUUUUGACCCAUUAUUUUGAUCUUUCUACAAAUCCAAAUGGAUUGACAGCGCUAGAUUAUGCCGUUUUGGGAAACAAUCUCGGUUGUACAAAGAUUAUUAUAGAAACACAAGAUGUGACACUAGAUCAGGUAGAUUACGCACUACAAUUGUCUGAAAGCCAGCAUAACAGAGAGCUAUGCAUGUACUUAUCAUCUGUUAAGCAAUACAUAAAGCAAAAGCUGCAGGGACGUGGCGUUUCGGGGCGAAAGCAGUUGUUCUGUAUACCAACAAAUGAGCUGCAAGAAAUGGGGACAGUUUUGGACAAGGUAGUUAAAACACGUGUAGAAAGUGCUAGGCGUCCAUCAUCUGCUAAGGCUUCGCUCACAGUACACGUUCCACGUAGUAGAGCCCUGGAUUCCUCUGCAGACCCACCGCAGCCAACGCUCUCUGCUCUCCAGACAACUCGGAAUUCCUCUAAAAUUCGGCUUCCAGUAGUAGGGCCAUCUCUCACUCACGGGAAAUCGGGAUCGGUGGCCAAGUUUCUCCCAAGCGUUGUGCCUUCAUCAGCUGUCAGUUCCUUUCUUCAAGCUCAGGCUCAGGCACAGACCCAAUUGGUGGGGAGUGGAGUUAAUGCAUCUCUACUUUCCUCUAGCUCUGGAGGGAAGAGGUCAUCACGCCCGUCAUCUGCUAGAGCCGCGUCACGUCCAGGAUCUGCACAGAAGUCACACAGUGUGCACAAGAAGACGAAAGAGCACAGAGAGAGUAGCUCAAGGCAUAAGUACGAUAGCACACACUCUAGAGAUUACAGAGAAUCGGAUGCCAUGACACUGAUAACAUCUCUAAAUAAAGAGCUGAGCGUUAAAACAUAUGAGAAUCUCCAGCUCGAAAAGGAAAACGAAGAUCUUAAGAAGACUAUCGCCAUACUCAGAUCCAGUGGCCAUUCUUCCGAUGAAAUGACUUCCCAGAUGGAUGCGCUGAAACGACAACUUGAGCGACAAGAUCGCAUAAUAUUAGAAUUAGAAGCCUCAAACAAAAGUCUAAUGUUAUCACAGAAGCAUGACGAGUCAGUAGUGAAUCCACCAGAUCACAUGGGAGUAUUAAAAGAUGAGUUUAGACAACAGUGCCUUGCCAUUCACGAAAAGAUCAUUGAAAUUUCUCAAAUUCUUACUACAAGAAGGCAGGAUCUUGCAGCACUUUAUUCUUCUGCUUCUGGGCUCACUGUGGAUAGUCUCUCCACAGACACCCCUAUCAGUGCGUCUAAAGCUAAUCUUGUACCACUAACAGAUAACCUAUUAUCUAUGAGCAGUUCGUUACUGCAGGCACUUGGACUAAAAUCCAAUGAUCGGGCAUCUUUUGGCAAUGCUCCAGCUGAAGCCCAUACAGCAGAAGAGUCCCACGCAACAUCUAGCACAAUGGAACCUAACUUAUCACAAAACCAGCAGCUUUCCAGCCUAACAGCAGAGAAUCAAGAAUUGAAAACAAGAUGUAUAGAACUCCUAGAGUCUCUUACAAUGGCACAGAGCGAGGUGGCACGACUAUCUAGCCUGCAAGCUGAUAACGAUGUGACGCAGAUAUCUGAGCUUGUUGAUAUGAAGAAUAGCCAGAUAGGAGAGCUACGGAAAAGAAAUGAAGCUCUUGAAAGUACAACUGCGGAAGUCCAGAAUUUGUACAAUGAACUAAAGGAACGCUAUAUGCACGAGACUGCAGAACACAAUACGCUUAAGAAGCUUCAUGAAGUAACCGAGCGGGAGCUGGAAGAAACACGGAAAGCACUUGCAGGAAAGAAUACAACCAUUAAUAGUCUGAUAAAACGAAUGGCCACUCUCAGAGCAGAAGCAGAGGCUACUGGGGCUUCUGCGACGCAUCAGGGUCAUGGAGUUUCUGGUCUAACAGAUUGUUCUCUGGAUCACAUAUUCUAUGAGUCCUCAUUGGCCACUGAUGCACUAUCCACAGAGAACAAUCAGCAACCUCAGUCUACUUCAUACACUAAUGUACCGAUAGAGUUUCAAUCUAAGCCAGAGCAGGAUGCACCAGCUGUCUAUCUUCGAACUGGAAAUAGUAAUGUUGCUGAGGCUUAUGAGCACGCGCCUAUAGAGUGUCAAUCGCCAGUCAAGCCAGAAGGCCAACACCAGAAGCUUACUGGCUCGCCGUUUCCAUUAGAAACAGAACAUUGUCAUUCUGUAACAACAGAGGUGACACCCCUUAUGAAAGCGAUAGUUGAAGGAAAUGCUCGGGGUGUUGGUUCUAGUCUGAAGUAUCUACAAAAAACACUUCCCGAUGGGACUACUGCAUUAAUGCUAGCUGUACAAUAUGGAAGACAGAGCUUUAUCAAGUAUCUGCUGGAGAAAGAAGCAAGAAUGCACCGAUCUGAUGGCGUAACAGCUCUUCAACUGGCCGUCGAAUCUGGAAACGUACUUGCUAUAACCGCCCUUGAAGACUAUGAGGCGCCCCCUUUACCAGAUGUGCCCACAGAUGAUGGUCGCUACACAGAGCUCAUGCAAGCAAUCGAGGAGAAUCGUCUGCUAGAUGCUUGGAGCUUAUCUAGGGUUCAGGCUGGCCUCCGUGAUCCACUAGGUCGGACCGCGUUGAUGCUUGCAGCUCAGCGUGGUUCUGUGUCCGCAAUUCGCUUUUUGGUCGACAGUGAAGCACAGUUCCGAGACCACCAUGGUCUAAGUGCCCUAGACUAUGCACAGAAAUGCUUCAAUCAAACAGCACGAGCAACCUGCAUUACUAUUCUUCAGAAGCAUAUUCAUUCAUAG